CUGGUCAGCUGUGUAGUAAGUGGGAAGGGAGGGGCUAUCAGAGGCAGUGAAGGGAGGAGCCUUUAGGUUUAUAAGUUCCAAAAAGGCCACUCAACUCCCAGAGCUGGAUUCUACUUUAGCAGCUGCUGUGGUUGCCACCAUUCUCAGGAUCCUCGCCAUGAAAGCCCUUUUGCUGCUCACCCUGUCUGCUCUGCUCUGCUGGGUCUCAGCUGACAUUCGCUGUCACUCCUGCUACAAGGUCCCUGUGCUGGGCUGUGUGGACCGGCAGUCCUGCCGCCUGGAGCCAGGACAGCAAUGCCUGACAACACAUGCAUACCUUGGUAAGAUGUGGGUUUUCUCCAAUCUGCGCUGUGGCACACCAGAAGAGCCCUGUCAGGAGGCCUUCAACCAAACCAACCGCAAGCUGGGCCUGACAUAUAACACCACCUGCUGCAACAAGGACAACUGCAACAGUGCAGGCCCCCGGCCCACUCCAGCCCUGGGCCUUGUCUUCCUUACCUCCUUGGCUGGCCUCGGCCUCUGGCUGCGGCACUGAGACUCAUUCCAUUGGCUGCCCCUCCUCCCACCUGCCUUGGCCUGAGCCUCUCUCCCUGUGUCUCCAUAUCCCCUGGUUUUACAGAAUAGUCUC